UCAACCACUGUAAGCGGUAGUUGAAUGUCCACGUUCACCGUGAUGAUUGACAGCAGUCUGUGGUCAAAACAUUCAGCGCCUAAACAAGAUCGCGAGCAGUGAGUCUGUUCAGGAUUAUUCACACAAAGUGCUGCAGAUGACGAGAAACAGUAGGCUACUAUUAAAACAGAAAACAGUCAGUGCGGCCAUAGCUCAGAGCUAACCAGUCUUGCAGGAUUUGGGCAGAAGAAGACUGAUCAUGAGCACAGAGACUCAUGUGAAGGACAUUAAACCUGGACUCAAGAAUCUCAACGUCAUCUUCAUCGUGUUGGAAACAGGACGAGUGACGAAGACCAAAGACGGCCAUGAGGUGCGCACAUGUAAAGUGGCUGACAAGACGGGCAGCAUCAGUAUUUCGGUUUGGGAUGAAGUCGGUGGCCUCAUCCAGGCUGGUGACAUCAUCAGACUGACCAAAGGUUAUGCCUCAGUUUUUAAAGGCUGCUUGACGCUGUACACUGGAAGAGGAGGUGAACUACAGAAGAUCGGAGAAUUCUGCAUGGUGUAUUCAGAGGUGCCAAACUUUAGUGAGCCAAAUCCUGAAUAUUUGGCCCAGAUGAAUAAAACGGGACUCAAUGACCAGAGCAACACGAACAGCAGCGCUGGUGCACCUGCAGGGAAUGACACCCCCAAUGGAAAUGGGGUGAAUUCUCAAGGCUCUGGCAACUCUACUAAUGCACAGCCGGGUGGACGAGCAAGUAGUGGGAACGGAAACCGGUCGACACCAAGUCCAGGUGUGGGAGGAAGCUCCGUAAGCAACGGCAAGGAGACACGGCGAACGGUCAAAAGAUGAUUUUGUUCGAUCAUGAAUCAGCAUACAGUGAUCAUUUAAUGAUGGAUGUCAGCAGCUAUUUGUCAUGUCUCAUUUGAAGACAUGCAUUGCUAAACUUUGAGCUUAAUGCUUUCAUAUAUAUAUAUAUAUAUAUAUAUAUAUAUAUAUUUGUUUAACUCUAUGGAUUGUCAGGUCUUGUAAAAUCACAUGUGUUUUGAGGUAUUGAUCAGUUCCUGUUUUUUCUUGUUUUAAACUCUCCAGAAUGAACACACUAAGCUAUUGUAGUUUUUCUAGUCCAACUUCUGAUUGUUAGUCAACAUUUGAUGAUCAGUUUCAACAUGAACAUUCAGUUAAUUAUUAAAAUGCCAGGGUUGUCUUCUAAAAUAAGCCUUAGCAGGUAAAUGAAACCAAAAAAGAGGUACACCAACAAGCAGAUGAGAAAAAUGGAAAGAGAGCCAGCAGCUGUCAAGAUCUGUAAGUUAUAGACCCCAGAAGUUUUGAACAUUAUACGGCAAGGCUGACACAUUUCCAUGAAAAUUAGAUAAGUGUCCUGUGAUGAGUUUGAAAAGUAAGAGCUUAACAGCUGAGGAUUUUCCCAGGCAGAAAUGUGAAACUAUGUCAUCAAUGAUCACAGUUUGAUAAGAAAGAGCUUUUUGGGUUCCUAAAAAAAUCUGAUGUUCCACAUGAGACCCACUCCAGAACAGUUUACAGUAAAUACCAUUGUGACUGUUGUCCAUCACAGAAAAGCCAAAUAAAAAGAAGCUGUCAGAAAAUGUAAUCAUAAAACACUGAAAACAUGCAACCAUUACACCUUUUUUUUUGUGCAGAUCUUUUGCCAGAAAAUUCUGAUAUAUAAAUAAAAAGGAUGAAAAAAAAUAUUGAA